AGAUUUACUGCUGUUCUGAUCCAUAAAGUGUUACUGAAAAGACAUUAAAAAAAGUUGGCUUGCAAGGCAGGGAGAGAAAAGCUUAGCAAAAAACCUCAGAUAGAUUUUCUCACUUGCUCUUUGCACGGGGAUCAGAUAGCCAGAGAGGAGCCAGACGAGGAAGUAAGGAGGAGGGACCAGUGCGGUGGUGUGUGUGCGUGCGUGUGUGUGUGCGUGUGUGUGUGCGUGUGCGGACGAAAGCGUUUAUUCUAGCUCCUCCGGACGCCUCCAGCGCUGUGAAAUCGGAGGAACUCUCCAGUUCUGCUGUUGUACCCAAAGCAGUAGGUCUAAUGCGCUCAACAGGACGCAACACUACAGCGCUGCUUCGUAUCUGCUCAGUUUUUUAACACGCUGUCGUUUAAAAAAAAGAAAGAAAGUUGCACACCUUUGCUGUCAAAUGGUAGCAGCACAGGUAGGGAAGAGGAUCCCGGAAGAACCCGUAGUGCAGGUUGCCAGAUUGUUUGCAUAGGCUUUUAUUCCAAAGUUAGCGAGCGUCGAUGGACUUGUUUGCCUCAUUACAAAAAGUAGGCUAGUUAUUCUCUCUUCAAGUUAUUGAUUUGAACGCGAAUGAGCGAAAAUAAGAAGAUGAAGGAGCUGAGGAAGAAAAAGCUGUUCGUGGUGGUGGACGUGCUGUGCGUUGCAGUUGCGGCGCUGCCCUUCAUCAUAAUGUCCAUUGUGUUCAAGCCAUAUCAGAGAGGGGUUUACUGUGAUGACGAGAGCAUCAUGUACCCCCUAAAACCAGACACCAUCACCCAUGGCAUGCUGGCGGCUGUCACCAUCUCCUGCACUGUCAUCAUUAUCUCCACUGGAGAGGCUUAUCUGGUCUACAGCAAGAGGGUUUACUCAAAUUCUGACUUCAACCAGUAUGUAGCUGCACUCUACAAGGUGGUGGGCACCUUCUUGUUUGGUGCAUGUGUUAGCCAGUCGCUCACCGACCUUGCCAAGUUCACCAUUGGCCGCCCGAGACCGAACUUCAUGGCCGUAUGUGUCCCUAAGGUCUGCACGGGAUACAUGCAGGUGAUCAACUGCACAGGCAAGCCUCAGGACGUCACUGAGUCCAGAUUGUCCUUCUACUCGGGUCACUCGUCUUUUGGAAUGUACUGCAUGCUCUUCCUCGCGCUUUACGUGCAGGCGAGACUGGUGGCUAAGUGGGCCAGACUUCUCCGGCCCACCAUCCAGUUCUUCCUGGUGGCCUUUGCGGUGUAUGUGGGUUACACCCGAGUCUCUGAUUACAAGCACCACUGGAGCGACGUGCUGGUGGGGCUGCUGCAGGGAGCGCUUGUUGCUGUACUCAAUGUGCGCUUUGUGUCAGACUUCUUUAAGAAGCGUCCUCCUCGUUGCACAAAUCCAGACACAGCUGAUAGCGAAGAACCAGAGAGGAAACCCAGCCUGCAGAUUGUAGACUCCGAGCACAGCAACCAUUUCAACUAUCACCACAAUCCAGGCCCUGUGUGAUAGGGGCUGACGCUAGGGAACAGAGGCUGCAGCCUGCAGACCCAAAACCUGUGUGAUAGGGUCCAACUCUGGGGCUUCAACCUUGAUUGUGCAGUCAACAGCGUUUAGUUCAGGGAAUUACCUGGGUCUUGACUCUAUUAGCUGCCCGCUGCAGACUCCUGAUGCUACGUGAGGAGUCCUAUGAGUGUGAGAUGUUAAAUUUUAAAGUGUCUACAUGAAUUCUGCAGCCAGCCCUUUGUAUGCCUUUGUGAAAGAAGUAAAAGGUAGAGAUCAGGUCUACAGCUUGCAGCCUCCAAGCCCCAUGCUCCCUGCCUCUGUGUCAACCACUCACACCCCACCUACUCCCCAACCACUGGACUGACUGAGGGGGCUGCAUCCCAUCGCCAGGUGCCUGAGCCCCCUCUCAAAGACACCAUGAUGAUCUCCUAUCUCCCGUAAGAGAGAGAGAGAGGAGCAUGUUGUUUUUAAGACAUCAUUGUUGAUGUUGAAGUGUAUGUGCUUAAAGCUGCAUUAAGUGAAAGACUCCAAACCCACAGCAACAAAGCUAUAAUAUACUAAUGCCUUCUUAAGUGCCUGUGGCUUAUGUUUUAGCAGAUGUGAACAGCAGAAAUGCAGGAACAUGGGCAUCCCAAUUAGAGUCCUAUCCUUCCAACUGACAAAUGUAAGUCUGAUAUCCACUCACUUUUAUGCCACCACUUCCUGAGAAAAAGAUGGAUAUGUUUGGCUUGAUACAUGCUCAAAUUACUUUACUUAUCACUUGUUCAUUAGGUGCAAUAAACAUGUGUUUCUCAGGCCAUGUUUGAAGGAAACCGCUGCCCACAGAUUUAUAUAAUGGAUUAGUGAGACUAGUUUCACUUAUAUGGAUUGAUGAACUAAAACAGCCUGAAAACUGCAGAGAUGUGGGACAGGAAAAUCUGGAUGUUGAUUCUCAGUGGGAUUCGUAGUACUAUAGCAACUAUUUUACUUACCAGGAGUUCUUUGAUUUUAUGUUAAUAUCAAAUAUAUCGCUUAAUGUAGCUUUAACAAUUUUUUUACGUUUUUGAUUUCUGUAUGUAAGGAGCCAAAUGUGUAGGCAGCGAUGAAAGAAAUGCAAGAAUGAGAGGAUGAAAGAAAUGUAAGAAUGAGAGGAAGAAAGACAAGAAUGUUUAUAAAUGUAGGGAAAGGCACAGUUUGUUGUAAGUGCACCUUAAAGAAGAGGCUCCACACUAGAAGAGCAUUGAAAAUCAAAUAAAUUAUUUUAACGGCAAGUCCACAGCAGAUGAGCUCAUUUUCUCCAUGUAUCCUGCCAUCCUGUUGGCAAAAAGGCUCACAAAUGAAUGUCAGCUGCAGGCCACCGCAAAGCUGCUUUGAAAGGCGAUCUGUAUCGAACAUCUUAGGUCAGAUGUAAUUCUAUGAUCAGACAUUAGUUGACGAUACGUUUCUGCCAGCUCCCCUAACAAACAGGUCUGGUUAUCUACUCCGACAACCCUUUUAAAAGUGAAUAUACAUGCUUGUUGACUCGCACUACAUUGAUCAACUCUGCUUCACUAGUAUGAGUGGAUUUCUACUCCCAGAAAUUAUUCUUAGUAUCAUUGCUCAAGUGUGUCCAGAUAAGUGCCUGACUUGUCGCAUCAUUUCUUCAGUGCCAAUUAGUCUGAAUCUGAACUAAGGAGAGGAGAUCAUAUACUGAGUCUUAAGGCCCUGGCACACCAAGGAGAUCGUCAAUCCAAGUUGGGCCGACGGUGAGUGUCAGUCUCCCCUAGUUUUUGCAUUGUGUCAUGCACCGUGGCCACGAGUCGGCCUUCGUCUGCCUUUUUUUGUCCAAUCAGCGCUCAUUUCAGCGUUGGCGCAAGAAAUUAAUCUGGUUGGCUAUUCAGCUCAAGUGAAUUAGUACACGAGAAGAAAAAAUUUAGUGAGGAAAGCAAACAAAUGACUGUGAGCGCACACAGAAGGCUCUUCUAAUUUUUCAUCUUCAUCUCAUUUGAUCAAUCCAAUACACAUAGAGCUGUCAAAACUGGCCAAAAAUGAUGUUUGAAUGUUCCUUUUUUUUUUUAAACGCCAUAAGAUGGCGGUUUCUCUUUUUUUAAUGACGAAUAGAUUACCGCCACCUGCUGGCCGCCACCUGCUGGCCGUCUGCCUGGUGUGUCAGGGCCUUAAAAGUUAAGGGCAGAUUUUAUGUCCACACUGAGUCAGAUUCACCUUUAACAGUGGUGAUGCUUUUCUAAAAAUGUAUACAUUUAAUUGUGGAGCUUGUGAAUGAAAUGUUUCCCCUGUGUGAAAUGGACUGCAGAGGUCAAAACCAUUGAUAGCAGAUAGCUUUCAUUUCUGUUGGACUUAUGUGCUAUACCACUACCUUAUUGCCAAUCAAAUAUUAAGCCCUUAAUUAUUUGCCCUCUCUUGUCUUCUUUUUUUCUGUUUUAUUGUUUUUUUAUUUCUCAAAUAAUAAUAAUUAAAGAAGGAUGAGACAACCA